AUGGACGUCGUUUUCCUCUACACUAACAUACCGCAUGACGGCGGCAUUGCAGCCUGUCGCGAGGCAUGGGAACGGCGCAGUACCAAACACCCAUCGACUGAUAGCCUGGUGGAUUUACUAAGACUUGUCCUCACACUUAACAACUUUACAUUCAAUGAGGAUAACUACAUACAAGUAAGCGGUACAGCCAUGGGUACUAAGAUGGCCCCCUCAUAUGCCAAUGUUUUUAUGGGACAUCUUGAAGCUCAACUUUUAACAUCUGCUCCGAUUAAGCCAUUUAGCUGGUUGAGAUUUAUCGAUGACGUUGAAAUCAAAUGGACAUCGGGUCGGGACUCCUUUGACGAGUUUAUUGAGUACGCUAACGCGUUCCACGCCACCAUCAAAUUCACAGCGGAUAUCUCAACGGAGAGCAACACAUUUUUGGACACCAGUUCCACUCUGAUUUAUGGUAAGAUUAGUACGGACCUCCACUGUAAACCUACUGACACACACCAGUAUCUCCUCCCAUCCAGUUGUCACCCCUCUCACACCACGAGAAGCAUACCCUACUCCCAAGCUCUGCGCAUCAGGCGUAUUAUUUCGGAUGACAUCAUCUUUGAAAGCAGAUGUUCAGAGUUAAAGUCCCACCUUCUUGGCAGAGGAUACAAAUCUACUUUGAUAGAUCGGGGAAUAGACAAAGUGAGGGUACUGGACAGGGCAAGUCUGCUUGUAUACAAAGUCAGACCCCAUACACAAAGGGUACCUUGUGUAGUCAUGUUCCACCCAGACAUGCCGCUUCUUCCAUCUAUCUUGAAAAAGCACUGGCGCAUCAUCGAAUCUUCAGCGAAACUUAGGCAGAUCUUUCCAGAGUCUCCUAUACUGGCAUAUCGUAGACCUAAACACAUUAGAGAUCUUGUGGUAAGCAGCAAGCUUCCUACACCUAACCCUGCUGCGGCGAAAGACUCUUUCAAUACCUGUAACAAGAAGGUGUGCAAACUGUGUCCAUACACGCGCUCCACAGAUACAUUUCAAUGUACAAUCAACGGCAAAGUGUUUCACAUACUACAAACGCUGACAUGCACAUCAGUCAAUGUGGUGUACCUUAUUACCUGCAAUAAAUGCAAGUUACAGUACGUGGGCGAGACCUGCACCCAGCUCAAUGUCAGGAUCAACAACCACCGCUGCUCCAUCAAGCAGAACAAACCAGACUUCCCUGUGGCAAGGUGCUUUGUGAAAUCCCCAGAUUUCUGA